AUGGACAAAUUGAAGGGCAUCACCAAAGGAGGCUGGCAUCCUGAAAAGAGUCGCACCAAUAGUGGGAGCAGUGGAGGUGGACAAAGCGACUCGAAACUGGGCCAAGUUAAAGGAUGGGUUGGAAAAGCACAGGGUAAAGACCCCCAUGCAGAGGCGGCCCGCGAACACCAGUCAAUGCCACUAUCGUCGUUAAAAGAUCCCUCACAAUUUGCUCCGCCGCCCAAGAGACUGGACUACAGCAGCGGUUCGACGGCGUCUGCUUCGACAGGGCCGCCGCCUGUGCCUGCUGGAUCAGCAAAGCAAAGACUGCAAGAAAAAGAAGAAGCACGGAGAAGAGCAGAAGAGGAAGCGAAUAGGCCGGCUCCCGGGCCAUACAGACCUGACACGACGGGGUUGAGCACAGCACAUCUACCCAAGCCUCCUGCUUUCCGACCAGGCGCUGCUUCGCCAGCGAAUACGGGGGCUUCAACAAAACCCAAGCCCAGCCUACCUCCUCGUCCUCCACUGCCGCCGCGUCAAAACUCGAAUCCUAAUGAAUUUGCGCCGGCUCCUCCACCAACUUAUAAUGAGGCAACACAAGAAGGGACCCCCGAGCAGGGCGUGCUAAACCAGGGCGCUCUGGGUCGCUUGGGUCAGGCAGGUGUGUCGAUAUCAGGAUUUGGUAUCGGUCGGACAGCUUCUCCUCCAGUACCGCCUCGUGCAAACCCGUCACCACCUGUUCCUCCUCGGCGAGCCCCAAGCUCAGAUACGGCCACACAAGCUCCAGCUGGGGCUGCUCAUGGCUCACAAAUGAACGAGCUACAGAACAGGUUCGCGAGGAUGUCUGGGCCAAAGUCACCGGCGCCCCCGCCAACCACUGGCACAUCAUUGGCAGACAAGCAGGCAGCACUGCGAACUGCCAGUAGUCUGCACGAGGACCCGUCGAAAGUAUCGGCGUCAGACUUGAAAGGAGCGGCAUCGACUGCCAACAACUUCCAGCAGCGGCACGGGGAGCAAGUCGCGUCUGGGUGGAAGUCGGCCAACUCACUAAAUCAAAAGUAUGGAAUUACGGGUAGGAUGAACAGCUUGGCGUCGUCAAGUGCGUCGCCCGGCCCAGCGCAGACGGGAGGCCUUGGGAAGAAAGCACCACCUCCACCACCACCAAAGAGGAAGGAACUGGGCGAGGGUUCGAUGGAGCCACCGCCGAUCCCUCUCAGUAGCAAGCCCAAGUUUUGA